UCCAGACUUUGCCUCACUCAUCGCUUCUUUUCCACAUCAGCGCUUUCGGUCAUCACCAUAGUUUUUGUCUUUGCUACACAUACACGCGCAGCCGUAUUUUUUCAACAAGCCGAAUCCAUCCAAUUUUUAAAUAUGAGUCCCCAAGCACUAGUACAGACGUUCUCGCGGCAGCCUUCUGAGAAGCAACAGCUGAAGCUUCUUCAACAGGCAAAGUCCCUUCAGUCGCACCUGUCCUCAUGCCCGCACGACCCCUUUAUGGCGCCUACUACUCACGCAGGUUACUCCAAGCGCGCUAUCUUCUCAGCUACUUCUCGUCUUCUCACUUGCCUGGUCAAUGAGGAUAUUGUCAACGCCUACUACGUCGAGUACAACCACACAAUGGAAAGUAGCUAUAUCGUGUUUGUUCCCUGCGGAUCCGAGACUCUCGAAUUGCUUGGCCGCUCCAUCGUGUCGCAGGUUCGACACAGACCAAUUCUCUCCGGCACACCGAUAGAUGCGUCUAUCACCGCAUGCCAAGUGCGUAUGCUGGAUCCCGAGGACUUGGGUCUUGGACAAUGGAUUUGGCGGUCCGAGACUAUCAGCUUUGAGCAAGUCGCCGACCCGAGUCAUAUAAUGCUAGAGGUCGCCAAGUGGAACAGCUACGAUGGUUCCAAGGUGCAAGCCAUUUGUGACGAGCUGACUAGCUCAGUCAGUAACCAGUUAUACGCAUAUGAGCACCGCAAACCGGAUCCAGCCAUCCUCACGUCGGCCGCAAUCGAGUGGGAGCAGAGCAUCGUUGAAGGCCAUGCUACCCACCCGAUGCACCGCGCAAGGUAUUCUUUGCCUCCGCUGAAACCGAUUGUCCCUGAAACCGAAAUGUUCCAUAUAAACCUCGAGUUUGUAGCUGUUCCGCGCAGCGAGCUGCGGAUUGAGGGGUUCCUUGAGGAGCUGCUAAACCCGCUUUACAGUGCUGCUGACUUUAGCUCAACCACUCCCUCAAACGGAGGAAGCAGCAAUGACAACAUUACCACUGCAUCUUCCACUUCCACAUCUACUCCCAACAGUCAAUACAUCCUUGACUUUGUUGACCGCUCGAACGAAGCCGUGCUCCCAGUACAUCCACUGCACAUGCCAGCUGUGCUCGAAAUGUUCAAGUUUGCGCGCAAGCUGCCAUUCUCAGUCCCCGCUGAGGCUCAGGCGUCGCUGCGCACUGUAUGUCCUCAGGCAUUUGUGUCUCUCGGCUACGACAUCAAGCUACCUCUGGGCAUUAAAGUGUCGUCGGCGCUACGCACUAUCAGUCCGUGGUCUACCUUUGUAGGACCCCAGAUUACCAAAGUAAUCCCCGAAAUUUUGCGUGGUGCGCCCGUCCAAGACGCCCUUCUUAUUUCCGGCGAGCCCGCAAGCGCUGUGUCGACGAAUCAAAACUUUGACAUUGCCAAGUAUCUCUCGUGCAUCAUCCGCAACGACCCCGAGCACAUCUGCCGUCCGCGCGGCGAAAGAGUCAUUCUGGCGGCUGCAUUGACCGGAUACAGUGACGAUGGCACAAGCAUGGUUGUUAGGCAAUGGGGACUUGACAAUGCUGACAAGCGUUGUCGCUUCCUGCAAAGCUACACAGACAGGCUUUUUGACGCCUUUUUGCCGCCGAUCAUGAAUCACGGAUUUGCAUUCGAGUCUCAUCCACAGAACAGCCUGCUGCGCAUCGAUGCCGAAACCGGCGAAAUCAAGGGGUUUAUUGUUCGCGAUUUUGGCGGCGUCAAGGUUCACCUCGAGACAUUCACCCACUCGACGGGUGCCACCAUCGACAUGCUUCCAGACUCGUGCACCAAUGCCGCGAUCAUGUACGAGGUCUACGACCUGGCAUAUCAUACGCUGGUUCAAUGCCAGCUGCACCGCCUUGUUCGCGCCUUGGACCUUCAUUAUUGUGGCAGUGGAUGGAAGAUUGUGCGCGAGUCCUUUGAGCACCGUGUGCCAGAGUCGCAUCCGCUGCGCAGCACAUGGUACCAAGAGACAUUCGACCUCAAGUGCUUUAUCACCAUGAAGCUUGACGGCCUUUACCGCGACUACAUUUACAAGAAGGUACCUAACGUGAUGCUUUACUGCGGCGAGUCGGAAGGUGUUGUGUUUCCGCCAGAACUGUCAUUUUGAAACAUCCAUUUUUAAUUUUUAAUUGAUUUAUUUUUAAAUAGGAACAUAUUUAUAUU